CUGAUUGAAUAUAACAAAAGCGAUUCGCGCUUCUCGUUGUUUUGGUGCUGAUUUCUAGUGUAAAUAUCAGUUUUAUCCUGCAGCAUAUAUUUGCAAAAUGGGUCAUUUUUUAAAGAUUCUCUCGCUGCUUAUUCUUGUGGGCGCCUCCUCAGUUUUCAGCAUAUGUCAGAGCGACCAGGUCUGUGUCAUGGAACAACGAUGCAAUGAAACGGAUGACUCCGGACGUGGAAUACUUAUUCCACGGAUUUUGGGUCGCAGUUGCGGCUUCGGACUUGUGUGCUGCGAUAAAGAGCAGCUGGAGAGCUAUGAGGCUGCCAUGACUGGCCAAAGAUUGAGCGUCGAGCCAGAGAAACAAACUCCUGCGACAACUCAGACGCCGCCCUUUGAAUUGGACCUCAUGGAGGACUACAAGAGUUGUGAACUGGAUAAGUUAUGCGUGCCCAGGCACCUUUGUCGAACAGGGAGUGUUAACGAGGACGGGCGAUAUAUAAUUAAGCCACGAAUCGACAACUCCAGCAAUUCUGGAUGUUUAACAUUCGAAAGUUGCUGCCCCAUCGUUGAUCAGUUACAUGAGAGCGAGAAUCCAGUGCGCCGAUCUCUAAAAGACUUCAAGUACAAGGGAUGCGGCUAUAGUAAUCCCGUGGGCCUUUACUAUGAUAUGGAAGGCUACAACGACCAUGAGGCGGGGUACGCCGAGUAUCCUUGGAUGGUGGCAGUGAUGGACAUGCAUGUCAAUUACUUGUGUGGAGGAACAUUGAUACAUCCCCAGGUUGUGCUCACUAGCGCCCACAAUGUGGCCAACCACAGCUUGACCUCUCUGCUGGCCCGUGCCGGCGAAUAUGAUUUGACCAGUCAGCGGGAGCCCCUUCCCUAUCAAGUCCGCCGCCUACGCAACCUGUGGCUACACGAGCUCUUCAAUGACCUGAAUUUUCGUAACGACAUUGCGUUGAUGGUGCUGGAGCAGCCCUUCAUGCUGGCACCACACGUGCAGCCGCUUUGCUUGCCACCUGUGGAGAAUCCACGGCUGCAGGAGGAUCUGCUCAAGGCUAAGUGCUUUGCUACCGGCUGGGGCCAUCGCAACAUUGGCGCUGAUUCUAUGGAGCACAUCCUGAAGCGCAUUGAACUGCCGGUCGUUGAGCAUCAGCAUUGCCAGAAUUUGCUGCGUCUCACAAUUCUCGGCAGGCGAUACAAUCUCCACGAAAGCUUCAUAUGUGCUGGCGGAAUUGAGGGAAAGGACACGUGUAAGGGCGAUGGUGGAUCACCCUUGUUUUGCAGCAUAGCUGGAGAAACCAACCGCUUCCAGCUUGUGGGCAUUGUCUCAUGGGGCAUUGAGUGCGCUAAGAAGGGUAUUCCGGCCGCAUACGCGAAUGUGCCAUAUUUUAGAAGCUGGAUUGAUGAGAAAAUGUCAAGCAUUAAUUUGAAGUAAAAGUACCAUGAAAGCGAAA